UUCCUGAAGCGCGAGACAGGAAGUUAUCUGGGAUGUCUGUAGUCCCGUGGGGAAAGUACCGGCUUCCGCUUUGGUGACGGCUAGAGCAGGCGGUGGGUCGGCGGACUGGCUGUUUGGUCUCGCCGCAGCUAGGGGUCCGUUUCCAUCGCAGCACCACGGCCCCCUCCUCCAGCCCAGACCCCGGCGAGGCUGCCCGGGGGGCUCCUUCAGGCUCCUUGACGCCGCUCCAAGGGGCAUCUACCUGGGCAUCGCCUGGGCCUCCCGCCGGGGGACUGACUCCCGGCUUCAGCACUCAGGGCCACAAUAAGAGGUGCCCUUAUCAACCCGCGCCCUGCCCCCCUCCCUGAGCCAUCGAGACCCUGGUCCAGAGCGACAGCCUAGGACCUGGGACUAGACGGAUCCAAGACGCUAAGCCCUGGUCUCCUACAGACGGGGCUCUGCAUCGUCUCUGAUAUGUCACCCACCAUCUCCCACAAGGAUAGCAGUCGGCAACGACGGCCAGGGACUUUUAACCACUCUCUAGAUAUGAAGAGCGGUCCUCUGCCGCCGGGCGCCUGGGAUGAUAAUUAUCCAGAGUUGGUUGACGGGGAAGGGGACCAAGAAGCUUUUUUGCGGGAUAUCGGCGCUAGUGACUUCUCAAAACCCCCACGGAGCUGCCGGGCGGAAUUAAGCAGCAUUUUGCUGUUACUCUUUCUUUACGUGCUUCAGGGCAUUCCACUGGGCCUGGCGGGAAGCAUCCCACUCAUUUUACAGAGCAAAAACGUUAGCUAUACAGAUCAAGCUUUCUUCAGUUUUGUCUUUUGGCCCUUCAGUCUCAAAUUGCUCUGGGCCCCGUUGGUUGAUGCGGUUUACUUUAGGAACUUCGGUCGUCGCAAAUCUUGGCUUGUCCCUACACAGUAUAUACUGGGACUCUUCAUGAUAUAUCUCUCCACUCAAGUGGACCAUUUGCUCGGAAAUACAGAUGGCAGAACCCCCGAUGUGGUUGCUCUCACUGUGACAUUCUUUUUGUUUGAAUUCCUGGCAGCUACUCAGGACAUCGCUGUGGAUGGUUGGGCGUUAACCAUGUUAUCCCGGGAAAACGUGGGUUAUGCUUCUACUUGCAAUUCAGUGGGCCAAACAGCCGGUUACUUUUUGGGCAAUGUUUUGUUUUUGGCCCUUGAAUCUGCCGACUUUUGUAACAAAUAUUUGCGGUUUCAACCUCAACCCAGAGGAAUCGUUACUCUUUCAGACUUCCUUUUCUUCUGGGGAACUGUAUUUUUGAUAACAACAACUUUAGUUGCCCUUCUGAAAAAAGAAAACAAAGAAGUAUCAGUAGGAAAAGAAGAAACCCAAGGGAUCACAGAUACUUACAAGCUGCUUUUUGCAAUUAUAAAAAUGCCUGCAGUUCUGACAUUUUGCCUUCUGAUUCUAACUGCAAAGAUUGGUUUUUCAGCAGCAGAUGCAGUAACAGGACUGAAAUUGGUAGAAGAGGGAGUACCCAAAGAACAUUUAGCCUUAUUGGCAGUUCCAAUGGUUCCUUUGCAAAUAAUAUUGCCUCUGAUUAUCAGCAAAUAUACUGCAGGUCCCCAGCCACUAAACAUAUUUUACAAAGCCAUGCCCUACAGAUUAUUGCUUGGAUUAGAAUAUGCUCUACUGGUCUGGUGGACUCCUAAAGUAGAACAUCAAGGGGGAUUCCCUAUAUAUUACUAUAUUAUAGUGCUGCUCAGUUAUGCGUUACAUCAGGUUACAUUGUAUAGCAUGUAUGUUUCCAUAAUGGCUUUCAAUGCGAAGGUUAGUGAUCCACUUAUUGGUGGAACAUAUAUGACCCUUUUAAAUACUGUGUCUAACCUGGGAGGAAACUGGCCUUCUACAGUAGCUCUUUGGCUGGUAGAUCCCCUCACAGUGAAAGAGUGUGUAGGAGCAUCAAACCAGAAUUGCCGAACACAUGAUGCUGUUGAGCUUUGCAAAAAACUCGGUGGCUCAUGUGUUACAGCACUGGAUGGUUAUUAUGUGGAGUCCAUUAUUUGUGUUUUUAUUGGAUUUGGUUGGUGGUUCUGUCUUGGUCCAAAACUUAAAAAGUUACAGGAUGAAGGACCAUCUUCAUGGAAGUGCAAAAGAAGCAAGUAAUGCAUUCACUACUGGACAUUCUAGAACGGUAACUCUAGUUUAGUUUUAACUCAGAGUUAUGAUAAUCAGUGUACAGGAGUAUAAAAUAUUAUUUUAAACAGGAAAUUAUUAAUAUAAAAUGUCAAAUGGUUAAAAAUAUAGAGACCUCUCUGUAUAUUUAAAUAUACUUUUCCUUGCCUUGUCAAUGUAUUUAAAGUUUACUUAAGGUCAGGAAAUUGGUACUAAAACAACUUUUCUGAUCUUGUUAUUUGAUUUAUGUCUUUUUAAUUUACUGACCAAAGCAUGUUUUAAGCUGCAAUGCAGUAGUCAUGGGUGGUAACCUUGCAGUCAAGUAUUGUUAUCAGUACCUAUCAUUGAGCUAUAUUAAAAUGUUUGGUAAAAUAUAUUAAAUGGAACAGAGCUUGAUAUUCAGGUACUAACUACAACUAGUUUGGCCUUGUUGGCAGUUAAAUCUUAUUUUGAAUUGUAAAUUGGUUAAAUUUGUUGUGGAAUUUGUUGAGAAGAGAAUAUAAACUACUGAAAAACCAUUUUAGUUUUAACUUUUCUGACCAUAACCACAUUGUACUAAUGAAUCUGUGUUAAAAAGACUAUUUUAAAUGUAUUUCCUGCUUUUGUAAGCAUUAAAGACUUAUAGGAAGAUUAUUCAAACUAUUUUUUAUAAAAUGAAAGCUAUGACUUUUAUUGGUUCCCCUCCCCCUUCCCCCUUUUGAAAGAUAUUUUGAUUACUUGUUAAUUUUACCGUAAAGCUUACAUAUGGUUUUUUGUCAUAAGUGCUUCAUGGCACAUGGACAGCUCACAAGUGGUUCAAAUUUAAUGUUGUAUGUAUGUUCAUGGCAAAGUUUUGAAAAUAAAAAUUAAACGUUUUUCUUCAA